AUGACGAAAGUAUUCAUUCUUUAUGAGCAUGCCUUGGGGUAUGCGUUGUUCCGAGUCAAAGUAAAAUCGGGAGAAUCUUCAAACUCCGUAGAAGCAUUGAACCAACUUGCUCAAGAGUUGUUAAACAAUGAAGAAGAGUUCCUAAAUGCCUUCAAAUUGCACGCAUUUGCACCGUUUACCUCAUCAGCUAGCGCGCUGCAAAAUUGUAACGGGAUAUCAGAAGGCAUUGUUCCGAUUGAACUUAAAGCAUUCAUUGAAGAAAAUUUGCCAUCUUCUUCGAAUGUAUUACUUUGUGUUGCAGACCGCAAACUAGCUGAGUCUAUCAAAGAUCCCGAAAUAGGACUACCAGAAAAUAUUACUUGUUCGUCUGAAUCCCUUCUACAUGAAGUUUACAGGGCACUCCGAGUCUACUUCCCUAAAUAUAUCAAUGUGUUGUCUCAUUUUGAUGAAUCAAAAGCGCAAAUUGGUCUUGGGCACAGUUACUCUAGAGCCAAAGUGAAAUUCAAUAUCUACAGGAAUGACAAUAUGAUAAUCCACUCAAUAAAUUUAUUGGAUCAGUUGGAUAAGGAUGUGAACAAUUUUUGUAUGAGAGUCAAAGAGUGGUUUUCGUAUCACUUCCCGGAAUUGACAAAAAUUGUUCCUGAUAAUGCAACUUUCGUUAAAGUGGUGCGUUUAAUUCGUACCCGUGAUGCUCUGACCGAUACUCAAGUUGCUUCUGAUAUUAUUGAAUCUGCUAAAUCCUCUGUUGGUUUUGAUAUUACGGAUGAUGAUGCUGAAAAUUUAGCAACCUUCACUGAAAAGAUCACGUCGCUCAUUGAACGCAGAAGAUUGACUCAAGACUAUUUAGCCAAAAAGCUUGUUGGAGUAGCUCCGAACCUUAGCACGAUGAUUGGUGACAGAGUUAGCGCAAGGCUUAUUGCCCACGCAGGGUCUCUUACGAAUUUGGCUAAAUUUCCUGCCUCGACUAUUCAGGUACUAGGGGCAGAAAAAGCGUUAUUCAGGGCCUUAAAAACCCAUGGCUCUACACCGAAAUAUGGUUUGAUUUAUCAUAGUCCUUUCAUCACUCGUGCUUCUAAGGAGAACAAAGGAAGAAUAUCAAGGUUCUUAGCCGCGAAAUGUGCUAUAGCGUCUCGAAUAGAUUGCUUCAGCGAAGUACUUUGUGAUAUAUAUGGCAAGCAUUUAAAGCAACAAAUCGAAGACAGGUUAAACUAUUUCGAAACCGGUACUGCGCCACCUACUAACGCUGAAGCGAUGGCACGUGCGAUAACUGAGGUUAAUAAAUAUAUUCUCAGGAUGAAGAAAAAAGCAAUCAAAACACUAAACAAAAGAGAUUCAGAUAGUCAAGAAGAGACUGAAGAAGUGACUGGAACUGAGGGUAAGAAAAAGAAGAAGAAAAAACGCGAGACAAUAACUGACGGUACUGGUGAUCACGAGACAGCAGAGGAAAAAGUUAAUGAAGUUCAUGAAUUGUCCACUCAUAUGAAUGGUGAACUGAAUGAUGCAGAAAGCAAAGGCGUUGCAAAAAAGAAGAAGAAGAAGAAACGACACAAUUCGGAGUCGGCUGGUGCAGAUCGAUCUAUGAAUGGAAGCCUUAUAGAAACCGCGCCUAAAAAGUUACCAUCAGGGCGUAAACGAUCAGCUUCCGAAUCAAGUGUAGUUUUGGCUGAUAAAAGCUUGAAUUCUGUUAAGAAGAAAAAGAAAAUACAUAUGUUGAACAAUUCUACCUUUUGA